CAUCGGAGGCUAGUGCAGGGGUAUGAGCCUCAAGCAACAGUCUGUGCUUCACCUAAUGAUCCAGCAGAAGGGCCUUCAGUUCUUAAAAGACAGUAUACGGACUGAGUUAGUGCGCAGGGGUCCAUUCCAGCCAGGAGGUGAUUUUUCUUUUCCCAAAGACAAGUCCAGAAGAGCAUGUCAUCCAGGGCUAUUUCAAAGACGGCUGUCAAAUGGUGAAAUAAUUAAGAGGAGUUGGCUUUCAUAUUCUGUGAAGAACGAUGCUACAUUUUGCUUUUGCUGUAAGCUAUUUUCGAAGAAAACCAACAAAAUAAUAGUUGGCGGAGUGAACGACUGGUCUAACAUCAACGCCGUUCUGAGGCAGCAUGAAGGUAGUCCAGAGCAUACAAAAAGUAUGAUUAAGUGGAAGGAACUGGACCUGCGCUUAAGCCAUGGCAAAACACUUGACCACAUCCAAAUGACAGCUUUGGAGGCUGAAAGGAAGAGAUGGCGGGAUGUCCUAACACGCCUCUUAAGUAUAACUCAAUCACUGGCUGAGAGAAACCUGGCUUUCAGAGGCUCAUCAGACAAGCUCUACCAGCCAGACAAUGGUAAUUUCCUCAGAGAGGUGGAAUUAUUGGCGAAAUAUGACCCUGUGAUGGAGAAUCAUGUCAGUAGAAUUAAAGAUGGAGAGACACAUGCUCAUUAUCUUAGCAAAGAUAUCCAGAAUGAGCUGAUACAGCUGGUGAGUGACCAGAUUCUCGCCACUAUUGUGGCUGAAGUUAGGCACUCCAAAUACUUCUCCCUCAUCUUGGACUGCACACCUGACAUUAGUCACCAGGAGCAGAUGUCCAUUAUCCUCAGAAGUGUGUCUUUGAAGGGGCAGCCAGAAAUUAAGGAGCACUUCCUCGGCUUUGUUAAUGUUGAGGCUACAACUGGCUUAAACCUGACUACAGUCAUCUUGGAUAAGCUUGCUGACCUGAAAAUUCCAUUUGACAACUGCAGAGGGCAAGCCUACGAUAACGGGGCAAAUAUGAAGGGGAAACACCAGGGAGUGCAAGCCAGGCUGUUGAGAAUGAACCCCAGAGCUGUGUUUGUCCCGUGUGGUGCACACACGCUGAACCUUAUCAUUGCAGACGCUGCUAAAUCCUCUAAAGAUGCUGUUGGGUUUUUUGGCUAUGUGCAGAAGCUUUUCACAUUUUUUUCUGCUGGCACACAAAGAUGGAGCAUCUUGAAAAAACACGUCAACAUCACAGUGAAAUCAUGGAGUGACACAAGAUGGGAGAGCAGGCUCCAAAGUGUCCAUGCAGUCCGGCAUCAGGCCUCCAAGAUAAGAGAAGCCUUACUGGAAGCCAGGCAGACAGUCAAUGAUCCUGUAGCCAAAGUUGAGGCACAGUCACUUGCAGAAGAGGUUGGAUCCUACCGCUUUUUGAUUUGCUGUGUUGUCUGGUGUGAAAUACUGUCAAGGACAAAUACAGUUAACAAGCUCCUCCAAUCUGCAUCAAUGCAGCUUGACAUAGCUGUGCAGUUGAUCUCAACUGCAAAAGCCUCUCUCACUCUCUACCGGGACACUGGAUUUUCAGAUGCUCAGACAACUGCUCAAAGCAUUUGUGAGGAAAUGAAUGUGGAACCAGUUUUGAAGGAGAAGAGGCUGAGAACCACUAAGAAGCAUUUCAGCUGAGUCAUCUGAUGAGCCAGUGGUCGA